AUGUACACCUCAAAUUCAGGGUCCCAGUGGGGAUCUCCAGACGCUCCCAGGAAAGCUCUUCUUAUUCAUGGGUUAGCUAUGUGCUCGAGUUCAUGGGAAGGCAUCGCUCAGCUAUUAGUAGCAGAAGGUCAGGUUUUGCGAUACCAUGCUUAUGAUGCUCUGUUUUCAACAAGCUUCACGGGGUUCUUUGUUGUGGCGCCAAAUCUCCUUGGGCAUGCAUGGAGACGGUGCACCGACUACCGUGUGUCCACCCUUACAGAGGAUCUCCGACCGUACUUCAUCAAGGACACGUCAUACGACGUGAUUGUAGGUCAUUACCUUGGAGGCCUAGUGGCAUUGUCGCUCUUGUCAUUUCUGCCCAAAAUGAAAGAAACCGCUGUCAUACUCCUCGAUCCCCCCCCCCUCGAGAUCGAGGAGACGAUCGAAAUGCAUAAAAGCUGGUUUCUGAAUGAGGUGGCGAAUAUCGGAUCCACCGAGGAGCAGGUUGAUCUUGGUUGGUCACAACGUGACCGUGUGUUAUACGCACUAGGAUUUUCAAUGUGCAACAGUACCACUAUCAAUGGAGUCUUCUUGCAUAACAGGCCAUGGUCUUUCAGUGGCCUGUUCAAAAACAUCCCCCCUCAUGUGACGAUUACCGUGCUGGUGUCAGAUCCCCAGGUCGGCGCUGUUUGUCGCGCAGAGCACGUCCCUCGUGGAAUUGAGAAACUGAAUGUCAGAGUUCUUCCGGGAAUUGGUCAUUGCAUUCACUGGGAGUGUCCAGAUGCUAUUGUGGACUUGAUUCGACUACCAAGGGCGAAGCUUUGA